AAUUUUAUGACUUUUACCCAACUCGAUUUCAGAACUCGUGAAUUCCCUUCGUUUUUUGGUAGUGAAUCCCAGAACCCAAAAUCGUGAACUUAAUUUUUUCUGCCAUCUAGGCACCUGAAUUAGAACCGCUCUUAAUCUUUUAGCCGUCUCAGUUUUAUCUAAAGUCCCAAUCCUUCCCCUAAUUCAAUUUUACUUUAGAAAUGCGACGUAUGCGGAUAAACAAUUUAUUCAUUGUCACGGCAGCAUUAUUUGUAAUUAUAAUGCUUUAUUUAGUUACACCCCCAAAAGUAUUAUUUGAAAGAUCAAGCCUUCCAAUUUCACCUUUAGAAGAACUACUUCCUCUUUUGCCUACUUCAAUACCUGAGAAAGUCCAUGUUCACGUCAAGAAUGAGGGGAAGGAUAAUAACAAGGAUGAGGGGGAGUACAAUAAAAAGAAUGGGGGGAAGGAGGAUAAGAAAGUUCAAGGGAAGGACCAUGACCAUAAAAAGGAUGUCCAACUCAAAAAAGUUGUUGAUCCGGUUAAAAUUAAGGAAGAAAUAAAGCAUCAUCAUCCACCUCCAAUCGAGGUGGGAGAAACUACCGUAGUAUUCCCACCAGCUAAAUUAAAAUAUGAAAUUAAGGAAAUUGCUAAAUCUGAUAAAGAAUUUAAACCAGAUUUGGAUGCAAUUAAUAAAAAAAUUUGGAAUUCAUUUAAACAUGAAAUUCGACACUCAAAGGUUGGUCGGUAUUUAAAUCUCGGUUAUCUCGAGAUAUCGAACUUGGUUCACGAACACUUCUAA